AUGAGCAACCCAUACGCACUAGACGAGCCCCUCCGCCGACCAAGGCAGAUGUGCCCCAUAUGCCCCAGCCAAACCACCACACCGUGCUUCAAGCCAGGCCAUCUCGCCUGGUGUGCGUACUGUGGCUCUGAGUACUCCCCACUCACUUCUCAGCAGUGUCCUGGCUGUAGAGCUCUGGGGGUCCGGAUGACACAUGGGCAGAUGAUGCGAUUUAUUGACGAUACUACAAACUUCGUUAAUCGGGCUACAAUCACCACGGGUGGUCCACGCGCUCAGAGGCCAUCCGCCCAGACUCCGAAUCCUCUUGCCGGUCUCUCCUUGGACUCUACAAACCCUCAAAUCGGCAAGUCGAUGGGAGGUCCAGCUUCCGGACAGUCCACGAAGGCCCCGGCUGGCCAGGCUUUCAGUAAUCCAUCCUACCCCAAUGCCUUCAGGCCUACUAGUGCUGGCCCUACACCAUGCAUCAAUCCGGCUCUUCUUAGCUUACAUGGUGAUUCAACGUACCGCAGCCCUAACCUCAAACGGGAUACCAGCGCUGGCAGUCAACCAGCAACGCCCGCCCGUCCGUCCGUUGCACCCUCCAGUGCCUCUACAACCUGUAAUACCGGGACAAAUACACCAUCCACCGUUUCAGGCAGCCCACCUCGCGCUAAUUCACGAUUUGUACCAACCAGCGGUGCCACACACUUCCAUACCAUUGGAAACAACCUGCUUGCCGGUGGUGGAAACCAGGGUAUGCUUAUGCAGAACGCUACCAGACCUCGUGUGCCCAUGGGACCACCAUCUAUGUCUCGGACCGGCGUUGGCUCUCGAUCUCCCACUCUAGGUGGAGGUACGAGCAUGCGCAAUGCCAAUGCAACACCAUCCCUGCCACCAGCCGGGUCUAAUUCAACUGUCGCAAGUGGCGUUAAUUUCAGGAACUUUGGGCAUGAUAACCCUCCACUGCGAGGAUCCACUGGAGGAGGUCGUGGUGGAAAUGCAUCUACUCGCGGCGGCAGAGGGUCCGGUUGA